AUGGCGCUCUCACGCCAUCUUGACUACGCCGUCUUCUCACUGUGCCUUGUCCCGCUGGUGAUACUCAUCCACCUCUGGGUAGCACCUUACACCAAGGUGGAGGAGUCCUUCAACAUCCAGGCAACACACGAUGUCCUGGUCUAUGGCACUCCCCUCUCCAGCAUCUACCAGAAGCUGUCCACCAGCUACGACCACUUUGCGUUCCCCGGGGCCGUUCCCAGGUCCUUCAUCGGCCCCGUGCUGCUCGCAGGCGUCGCCCGGCCAUUUGCAGCACUGCUCGGCCACAGGCACAGCCAGUUCAUCGUUCGUGCCCUUCUUGGCUGGUUCAAUGCCUACUCCCUCUUGUUCUUCAGGAGACAACUUCACAAUGCCUGUGGUCCUGCCGUGGCUAGAUGGUACGUGGUGCUGCAGGUCAGCCAGUUCCACGUCAUGUUCUAUGCAUCCAGGACGUUGCCGAACAUGUUUGCAUUCGGCCUGACCACUUUUGCCUUCGGCCUGCUACUCCCGCACAAGAAUCCCGCCAAGGCCAACCCUAGGAUUCGCAUGGCAUUGGCCCUGUUCGUCUUCUCGGCCGUUGUCUUCCGCUCAGAGAUUGCGCUUCUCCUUGGAACAAAUGCUUUGUGGCUGCUCAUCAUCCCCCAGAUCUCCCUUCAAAGGCUCAUACCUCCGUUCCUGGUUUCCUUCGUUGCCGCCUUGGCCAUCUCUGUCCCCAUCGACUCCUACUUCUGGCAGAAGCCAAUUUGGCCCGAACUCUGGGGCUUCUACUACAAUGUCGUCCAGGGUUCCUCCUCCGACUGGGGCACUUCUCCCUGGCAUUGGUACUUUACGUCGGCUUUGCCCAAGAUGAUCUCGCCACCUUUGGGGCUCUUCUUCGCUGGGUGCUCCCUCUCCUCUCCUGCAUAUGGCCGUAUAGCCCAGCGCCUCAUCAUCCCGAACCUGCUGUUUGUGGCUAUAUACUCCCUUCAGCCACACAAGGAGGCCCGCUUCAUCUUCUAUGUCGUGCCACCGUUGACAGCCGCCGCCGCUCUUGGGGCCUCGACUCUGGUGAAUCAGGUUCCCGCGAGGAUGGCUGCUGAUGAGACCGGCCGGCGCGCAAUCAGGAACAUCAUUUUCUGUAUCAUCUCAGGCUCCAUACUCGUCACCUUCCUCAGCAGCGCGGUCAUGCUUGUUGCCUCGAGCUUGAACUAUCCCGGCGGCGACGCCCUCGCUGCCCUGCACGGCAUGAUAGAGCACGACCAGAGCACAGUAUCCACCUCUGUCGUGACGGUCCACGCGGACGUGUUGAGUUGCAUGACAGGAGUGACUCUGUUCGGAGUUGAUGAGGGCAAUGGUCUCCCUCAACAUCACCGGCUGGCCGCUGACCCCGCUGUUGUGCUCAGGGGCCACGACAGUAAGCCGUCAGUGUCACUGGUGCUGGACAAGACAGAAGACGAAGGCACUGUAUCAGACCCCAAGUUCUGGACCAAGUUUGACUACCUCCUGAUGGAAGAUGAGAAGGCCGUCAAGGGCGGCAACUGGGAUACGGUGGCUGUCGUCGAGGGCUUCUCCGGCCCCGAGAUCUUGCGUCCGGGCGUUCCGCACGUAGAAGAGGAACCGAGGGGCGUCAGAAGAGCUGGCAUGGCGGCUCAUGUUGAUUCCUUCCGGCGAAAGGUCAUGGGGCUUACAGGAGGAUGGUGGGUCGGUCCCAAGACAGUCCCCAAGAUCCAAAUCAUGAAAAAGCGUGUAAAAGACACGUCUGAUAAGGUCACAAAGGAGGCCAUUUCAUAA